AUGAGGAAGCGGACCGAGCCCGUCGCCCUGGAGCAUGAACGCCGCGCCGCCUCAGGCUCUCCCUCCGCCGGCCCGGCCGCCGCGGCGCUGGACGCCGACUGCCGCCUGAAGCAGAACCUGUGCCUGGCGGGCCCGGGGCCGGCCGAGCCGCGGUGCGCCGCGGACGCGGGCAUGAAGCGGGCGCUGGGCAGGCGAAAGGGCCUGUGCUUCCGACUGAGGAAGAUACUUUUCUGUGUCCUGGGAUUGUACGUGGCCAUUCCAUUUCUCAUCAAACUAUGUCCUGGGAUACAGGCCAAACUGAUUUUCUUGAAUUUCGUGCGGGUUCCCUAUUUCAUUGAUUUGAAAAAACCGCAGGAUCAAGGUUUGAAUCACACCUGUAAUUACUACCUCCAGCCAGAGGAAGACGUGACCAUUGGAGUCUGGCACACGGUCCCUGCUGUCUGGUGGAAGAAUGCCCAGGGGAAGGACCAGAUGUGGUACGAGGAUGCCCUGUCUUCCAGCCACCCGAUCAUCCUGUACCUGCAUGGGAACGCGGGCACCAGAGGUGGUGACCACCGGGUGGAGCUUUAUAAGGUGCUGAGUUCCCUCGGCUACCACGUGGUCACCUUUGACUACAGAGGUUGGGGUGACUCAGUGGGGACGCCGUCGGAGCGGGGCAUGACAUAUGAUGCACUCCAUGUUUUUGACUGGAUCAAAGUGCGAAGUGGAGACAACCCUGUGUACAUCUGGGGCCACUCUCUCGGCACCGGAGUGGCCACAAACCUGGUGCGGCGCCUCUGUGAGCGAGAGACUCCUCCAGAUGCCCUUAUCUUGGAAUCUCCGUUCACUAAUAUCCGUGAAGAAGCCAAGAGCCAUCCAUUCUCAGUGAUCUAUCGAUACUUCCCUGGGUUUGACUGGUUCUUCCUUGAUCCCAUCACAAGCAGUGGAAUUCAGUUUGCAAAUGAUGAAAAUGUGAAGCACAUCUCCUGCUCCCUGCUCAUCCUGCACGCCGAGGACGACCCGGUCGUGCCCUUCCAGCUCGGCAGAAAGCUCUACAACAUCGCCGCACCGUCACGCAGCUUCCGGGACUUCAAGGUUCAGUUCAUCCCCUUCCACUCGGACCUCGGCUACAGACACAAGUACAUCUACAAGAGCCCUGAGCUCCCGCGGAUCCUGAGGGAGUUCCUGGGGAAGUCGGAACCGGGACGCCAGCACUGA